GUACAUUUGCUGACAGUCUCUUGCGCUUAAUGGCCAAUAUCUGAAAAUCACCUGCAAAAAAAUGGAUCUGCAAACUACCUAGACGAAAGUAUGACUGAAAAGUCCAGAACAAUAAACCAGUGGUAUGUCUCUUUUGAAAAGGAAAAGAUUUUGAUUCUUGGGGCCAGCUGGUGGAAGCCGCCGAGGAGUAUUCAAGGUACCACAUAAGAACGAUAUGUCUGUUUUAUUUGCUUUCCUCUUUCAUAUGCAGUACACACAUUUUGCUCCGUAAUUCACUGCAAUCUCAUAGGAAGCAACGACGCCUAUCUAAGCUACUUAUGGCUAGCUUCGUUAGUGGAUUUUGGCCUGAAUAGGUAGAAUUUUUAAGGUCAUUUAGUGUUGCAUGAAACGGUACUGUUUCGAUUCUUGUUUGCGGAAUAAAUUUAAGCCCUCAGAAUUUGAAAGUGGCUUAAUUUUUCCAGAAAACAUUUUUAAUUUUUUAGUUAAGAUUCUGGUUUAGUCUUUUUUUAACCAUUUUCAGUAUAAAUGGUUGAAACUACCCAAGAAAUUUCCCAAGAGAAGAUGAUCAUAGUUUACUGUGUGUAUAUUUUUCACGACUAAAAAAAACCCUAGACUGUGUAUUAUGAUAAGCUUGUGAAGAUUGGUAACAGCUAUCUAGGAAUGGUUUAACAUAAACUUGUCGAAAUAAAUGCGGUAGCAACAGCGCGAGUCUGUGUAGAAAUAAUCGUUUUUAGAUAUGUUCAGGGUGAUAAAUGUUUAGAAUGUUCAAAUUUGGAUAUAUAACAUGUAUAUUAAACGUAAGUGUUUCAUUUUAAGCAAUAAGCUCUGCUCCAGUUUAAUCAUAUUUUACUGCUCUAGCAGGUGAAUUUUUGUUAUAAAUAAAUUUCAAUUGUCUUUCUCUUGAAAUACUUUGUAAACAUUCUCUUUUGUCAUUUUUAAUUAAUUUUUUUUGCAUGGCCUCAGGCCUGCCUAAGUCAUAUACAAAUCUAUGUCACCUAAUAUUUAAUUUUCACAAUUUUAAUUUUUUUUGUUUUUUACACUUGGGGAGAAUUUAAAAUGUAGCCACUGACUAUGUACUGUUAAAUCUGUAUAUAUAUGAUAUACCUAUCUAUUAAUUUUUUUCCCAAGAUCUGAUUAUUAAUUCUCCCCUCUAACUGCUACAGAUUUCCUUGUAAGUUAGUUACAAGAUUUUAAUAUUAGAUCAAGAAUUAACAUCUAGCUGAUAAGUAUCUAGCUGAGUAUUGUCAUUACCUGUUUGCUGAGUAAUAUAUGGAAUUUAUUACAGGGAGAACAGUGUUCUCCCUUAUUUUAAGCAUGACAGAUAAAAUAAAUUUUCAAACCAUUAAAGGAAUCCUUUUACCUGUUGAAUUUUCAAGAAUUCCAAGCAAUUUUAAAUAGUAAUAAGAGAUAUUACAGGCAGUAAAUUUUGUUGGUUACCGCCUGAAAAGAAGAACACUGGGGAGAAGUUACUUGUCAAUCAACUCUGAGAGUUGAAGGAUUAAAAUUUUUCUUGAUAAUCUGCCCACAAUAUUGACUAAUGAGCUUAUUUAGAAUUUUCAAAUCUGAUUCUCUUUGCUUUUCUCUCUCUUUAACCUUCCUCAAUGAAAUUCUUGUAGUUGACCACUGAUUAAUAAAGAAAGUUGUUUUGUCUAGACUCGCUAGAGACUUGAAAAAACAUUGUACUCUGGGAAACAAGAUGUUUCAAGAGGAACAGAAGGUUUGUGGAGACAGAGUUAAAACUUUCAUUAUUGUGUAUAAAUCAAUGUUUAAAGCAAAAUAUAUUAAUUGACCGCAUCAAUCUUGAAACAGACACACCCCUGACUUGCCAUAUUGCCAAAACACUGAGUUGCAUAUGCCACUAAGUAAUAUUUAAUGUAGUUCAUAUAUUCAUUAAGCAGACAGAUUCUUUUGGCUAUCUAUUCGUUAGACACGUAAGUAAAAGGGGUAGGUUUCUAAAGAAAAUGUAGGGCUACAUUGGUGUGAGAGCAUUCAGUUUAAUUUGGUUCUAUUAACUGAGUUGAUAAAAAUGUAAAUUGGCUACAGUAAAGAGUUUAAAAGCUGACAUUUCAAGCGUUAGCCCUUCAUCAGAGCCCUUCAUCCAAUGCUCAAAAUGUCAGCUUUUUAAAAUUCUUUACGUUGGCUGAUUUACAUUAUCAACUCAGUUGAUAUUACACCAAAUUACCCUGAACAUUCUCACACUGAUCCAGCAGUUUCUUUAGAAACUUACCCCCUUUAUUAGACACACUCCAGUGCUUUCAAAUGACUGUAAACACUUGAAAGGGUUUGACCAUUGCAGAAAAAUAACAUUUGCAGGGAGGGCCAAGUAGAUUUGGUCCAUUUGCUCCAUUUACUGCUCAAGAAUUAAAGAUAGACAUAGCCAUUUACAUGAUUAUGGCACACAAAUUUUUGCUUUAAUUUUAUUGAUAACAAAUUAAAUGUAAUGUUUGUUCUAUAGAAACUGAUGCUUAAAAUGUCAGCCUGUUUUGAGAAGAGAAGCAAAAUAUUACUAUCCACUCAGGUGAAUUUGACUGUGAUCAUGUUUGGUUUGAUAAUAUUAUGAGGUUUUUUCUUGCAUGAGGAAAAAAAAAGGCGAAAUUCAUUUAGACCGUGAGUUCUGUUAUAUACUGUGAUCAGUAGCACGAUCCAGGGUGGCAAAGCAUGUUUACGAAAACCAUAUUGAGCAAAAAAAUAUAUAUUUCAAACAAAACACUUUAAAACUUAUAUAUCCUGUUAGAUAUAGUUAACCUCUUUGUAUUAAACCAAAAAUCGUGGUAAUAGAGGAAGAAUUUAUUUUUUUAUGGAUUUUAGUAUUCAGAAAAGUGAGGCGAAUUCUUAUGUAACGCGUAACAUAAUCUGACAAAGCAUCAAACAUAUUCAAAAAUUUCUUACUUAAAAAUUUAAAAUUUCAAAAUAAUUUUGACUUAGAAAUACACUAGAAACAUAGACUUUUCAAUAAAAUAGUUAAAAUUGGAACACUGAAUUGUAAUAUUCGCGCUACGAAACAAUUUUCUCGGCGACCGAACAUGUAACGCUGUUUAUACAAUAUUGUACUAUACUUCAUAGUCACCAAGAUUUUGUCGCAAAAAAAAAGCUCAAAUCAGUUUAAAAAAUACAUACAAUAAUUCUCAGAUGAUUUAUUUUCUGUAUACAAAUUUUUAUUCCAUUUAAUUCAAAGACAGCGUAAAAAUCCAAAAAGUCUGAAUCGCGAACACAUAAAAUGCAUAGAAAAUUUACCUUAAAAUUAUUUAUCCUCAUCUCCAAAAAGGUCUGUGAUAGCCGCGCUUAAAAUGAAAUUGCUCUUCAACUAGCAGAUCUGUCAUUCUCAAAUUCUAAACUUUCUAUCGGUACCAAAUGUUCACGAAUCUAACUCAAUUUAACAUCUAAAUUUAUGUCUUUUUUGAAUCGCGAACAUAUUCGAUCUUGGAACAGUAUUGUUUGCAUUGGUGUAUCAGUUUACACGCGCAAAAUAGUGGCAGUUUUAGAAAUCUUCGCAUCUAAACUUCGCUUCUUCCUCGCUUACAACAACCUUGUACAUUACAUCUAGAGGGGGUAUACAACAAUUAAUUGAUAUACACCCAUGAACAAACGAUCGUUUGAGACUGGAAAUUACUAGAGAACGUGACUUCCCUAGCGUGACUUCUUCCGUCGAGAAUUUACACGCUUCGCUUGCGAAAUAUUCAAUGGAAAACAAAAAAUAUUCUGCUGAUCAAUGGAGAAAAGAAAAAGAAGAAAAAAAGCUUAAACAACAAAGGGAAUACUAUGAAAGAAACAAAGAAGUUCUUGCACAAAAAGCAAGAGAAAGAAUGCGCUUGCUUCGAAGCAAGAAAAAAAACGCGACAGUCGCCGCAGUGAAAACACGCACAUCUGCACAAAAGGCUGAUGACAAAAGAGCCAACCGUGAGCGGAAUGCUGCAUCAGCUACCAAGAAGAAGGUUUUGAAGCAAAGAGAAAAAGAGAGGGAAGAGAAAAAGCGACAGCAAACUCGAGAAAGGGUUCGAAAACUUCGUCAGAAUAGAAAAGAGUCAUCAUUUGCGCAACCGAAACCUGUAUGCAAACACUGUCAGGACUAUCUGUGGAGAACUCAAGAAAUUAAAUAGGCGUAGAAAUGUAUUAUUCCAGCUUUUACCCAACCAGCAUGAGGAAAUUAUGUCUUCUUUUUAGUUAUGUAAAUAAAACUGUGUUAUUUCUAAACAGAAUCGUGAAUUUAAGCCUGCAAAUGUGUAAAUAGAAUAUAUGACCACGCCUGCUAUGCAUUCUGGGUAUUAAGUAAUGAGGAUAAUUUAACAGAUAACAUCAAAUAUUUUCUCAAAAAGUAGUUCUUACAAUAAAAGUUUAUGAAUAAUCUAUGUUUUGAUGAUUUUUUGGUAAUUUUAUGAAGUUGCUAGUUUUUCCCUAAUGUUACGCAUUUGUACCCCUGGAUCUUGCAACUGAUCUGUAUAUGGUUAUUGAGAAGAGUGAGUGCUUAGGAAGGAGAUUGCUCAUCAAUAGUGCAUCAAUUUAGUAUAACCUUGGCACCAUAUCUUCGAAACACAUUUACUAUAAUAAGCUUAAUACUUAACAAUUAUUUCAUAAGCGCUGUUGGAUAUUAAAUGAUGAAUAGCAAAUCUUGUGUCCAACAAGCAUGAAUAGAAUAAUUGUCUUAUUAUGAACACUAGCUAUGGGAGCUUAAUGAAUUUGUUUUAAUCCUAAGAUUAAGAAAUACUUGUAUGUAUUAGUUUCUAUAUAAGGUGAUUGGCCUGGUGAUUGGGUAUAUGAUAACUGGAGUUAAAUGGGCCAAUCAGAGCAUUAGAAAUUCAAUAACCAGAGUUGAAAAUUUAAUAACAAUGAUUAUUAUAAUCACAUACACAAAAAUUUGGAAGUAAAUCAAUCGGUUAAUUUUAAUUAAUAAUUGAUUUAGUCUUGAAAUGUUUACAGUUCAUCUUCUCAAUUGUAUAUUAUUACUUUUUAUUUUGAUUCAAAAUAAGGCUAGAGAUGAUGAGAUCUCAUUUAAUGAUAUCAAGAAAGUUGGUGAAGGUGAGUGUGCAUUGUUUGUUACUAUGCUGUCAUUGCUCCCUGCAUAUAACUGUACAGUAUAUGUUUCAAUAAUCCAUUUUACAGUUGAGUGCUAGGUUGCCAUUAGCCUUCAAACAGGAGUGAGGCUAAGGGUGACCUUGUUAAUUGACACAUACAUUGCUGCUUUUUAAAUGUAAAUUACUUUGUUAUCAGUUGCUAACUAGAUACUGGUCUCUAUCACAACAAGGUCACCUUCAGCCUCACUUUAGAUCAAAGGCUCAGCAACUAACAUAAACAACUGUAAAUUGGCUUGUAAUGGCCUGAGUACCUGAUAACUCCAGAAAUAUUCAUAUUUAGAAACAAUUGAUACAAUCUCUUUGAGGGAGACAGUGGUGUAAUGAUUAAAUGCCCUCCAAUAUUCUUAUAACAACCUCUCAACUUUCAGCGCAACAAAAAUUGUCCCAAUGAUAUUCCUUUGAAGCCAGCUUCAUCACAAUAUUUCUAUUAACUGGUUUGUCUUUUUAAAAUAAUUCUUAUUUUACAACAGUUUUAACAGCAGAUUACCAUUAUCAACUCUUUUUGCACAGUGUUGAGAAACUUAAAUGUAGGUUGGAAUGGUCCUUUUCCAGUCAGGAUCGAAGAGCCUAAAACAAGGUUAGUCAUAAUUUAGAUCAAUAAGUAAGUUUUAGGUUGUUAUUUUUAUAACUGGUUGGGCCAGCAAGAAAUAAAAUUUAAAAUUUCAAGCUGAUUGAAUAGAUGAUCUUGGUUAGCUCAUCAAAUUUUUGGCACCACACAUACAGGAAGGAAAUUUUUUAUAGUCCAUUUUGCAGUUGCAUGCUUGGCUGCCAAGCCUUUGAACAGGAGUGAGGCUAAGGGUGACCUUGUUAUGAUACAAACAUUGCUGCUUUGUAAAUUACUUUGUUAUCAGGCUAAUUAGAUACUGGUCUCUAUCACAACAAGGUCACUUUCAGCCUCACUCCAAAUCAAAGGCUUGACAACUAAAUGCAUCACUGCAAAAUGGCCAAUUAAACUUUUGCCUCUUCUAAAAUAAAGAUCACCAAAUUGAUCAGGUCUUCAGUGACAUGUGACUUGAUGGGUCCUGUCCAGAUCAUUGGCAAGUUGAACCUUUCCUUGGUUCUUUCUUCAUUCAGGGUCAUUCUUUGGUUUCUGAUGCAAAUUGUCUCUCAAAUAUUACUGCUAUCUGAAGGAUGGAAAGCCUACAACUUUUUUUUCUUUUCUGUAUUAGCCCCAAAAAUUUUUAAAAGCUGACUGAAAAUGCAAAUUCCUACCUAUGUAAUUGUUCAUUUAAUUAUUAUUGAGUAGAUGAUAUUUUUAUAAAUUUUGUUAGUGAUACUGAUGUAACAGAAUAUGGAGAUGAAAAUGGAACUGAGCAUGUUUCUUCAGUUGGUGAGUUCUUUCCUUUUUUAAUGCAUGAACACACUUUAAGAUCUUAUAGGCAUUCAAGUUAUUACUUGAGUACACCAGUGUACUCUGUCAUAGAACAUCACUAUGUCUGGUGUCUUUUCUAUCAGUAAUCAUACAGUUCAGUGUGUGACACAGAUUACUUAUACUGCCUAGGAUCCCAUUUUCAGAUAGGGCGAUAGUUACCUCAAAAUUAGAGUUGGGCAUGAUUAAUACUCUUCUAUGCCCUUUGAAAAUUAAUGUGCUUUUGAUUGAAUGAAAAUUCCUGAUAUUGCAAUUGUUUUUAAAACAUGCUUAUACCAACUGAUUGAAAAGGCUAGUUUACAGAAAUGCAAUAAAAACAGCAGUGUGGCACACCAUUUAUGAAAGAGUUCUAGAAACUUACAGAAGAGAACUAUUAGUAACAGUACUCAGUUGAAAUAAUCUGGUCGUGUAUUUAGCAUGUUAAACAACCACAACCCUUUUUCAGAUAUUAAUCUUACAUAUGUCAUACAUUUUUUUGUUUUUGUUGUAUUUUCUCUCUGUCAUAUAAUGAUGUUCAUCUUUUUUCUUGUUUUUUAAGCUGAAGGAGGGUCUUUGUUGCCACGUAUCCCAUUCGAAGAAGGAUAUCAUCGACUUGUUGUAAGAAUCAACCAGAUUGGACUGAAGGAUGCCCAUGUGUACAUUAAUCCAUUUUUUACUGUUUCUGUGAAAGGUAACGAUCAAUGAUUAUUAUAAUGCCAAGGUGGAGGGGAUGUUAACUAAUUCCUUUAACCCCUAAGAGUCACCAUGAGCAUGUAAUUUCUCCUCUCAAUUUCAUCCCUAAAACACACAUAGGGUCACAAGAAUAAACGAAAUGAUCACCAACAAAAGAAGUUCUUGAUUGUUAGGUACAUUCUCCUUACCAGCAACUUAGGAAAUGUAAGGAGAACAGUAUGGAGAAUAUGCAUACUGAUAUUUAGGGUGUAAAGAGCUAACAAAUACAGCAAAACAUGCAUACAAUGCAGCAAAAUUUAUAUUGAACUAUUGAGCGUUUUCCUCUCUUCAGAUGCCAAUGGUGUGAAUGUCACCCCAGCUCAAGAUACACCCACUUCAAACAGAGUUAAUGGAAAGUUUAUCAACUUUGAUACUGAUGUAGAAAUUCAAAAGCCUAUAGAGAAACUUCCAAGAGGUUAGAGUUGUUGUAAUUUUUAUUUUGGAAUUCCAUGUGUCUAUUGGGCUCUUUGUCAAAAAGAACAUUGUCAAAGGGAGGACUCUUAAAAAAAGGAGAGAAUUCCACCAAUCACAGCUAAAUAAGAUUUCAGAAGAGGAAGUUUGAUUCAUUUCUAACAAAUUCAAUGAGUACCAAGCCAGUACAAUUUGUUGAUGUCAAAUUUAAAAGCUUUGUUUUGACCAAAAUUUUUUUUUUGGAUGGUCAGUAUUUAAUUGAAAGGGAACACAGAAAAAAGGCUGUGAUGCAGCAUCUUCUUCUCCCCACUGUUUCACAAGGGAACACAGGAAAAUUUGAAAGGAAAAUGGUGUAGUCUAUAAGAAGUCACAAUAAGGAGCUUUUUCCGUACAUCCCUUCCAUUUGUCUUACAUGAUUCUCACUCUGUACAUGUUUGAUUUAUUCUGACAAAUACAGCCUUAUCUGUUCUAACUUCCUGGAAGUUAAAAAAUAAUGUAAAAUUUCUCCUUGCCAUGUCAAUCGAGCAGGUGAUAGAACAAAGUUCUCAGGAGGAAGAUGUUACCUUCUAAUAAAGCCAACGUUCUCCUAAAAUGUUUAUAAGUUAAAAUGUACAAUGACUAUAAGAGAGAAUCUCUUGUUAGUUACUGGCCAGUUAAAACGUGUUAAGACUUUUCAUUGUUUUCACAAUUCAGGUACCGCAAUAUUCUUCGAGUUUAAACAUUACAAACCGAAAAAGGAUAUUGUGAGCACAAGGUGCUUUGCUUUCAUGGAACAGGACGAAUUUAAACCUGGUCCUGCCUGUAUCGAACUGUAAGUAAAUACGACUAUUUGUUAACUGCAUCAGGGACGCUUUCAUGAUAUAAGCAAUCUUAGCAAUCAAAAUUGACUAAAGUGUUUGUACAGACAUAAGCGGUGGCCUUAAGGUCGUAUUAAAAGGGUCUGGGUCAGAGCCUAAUUCCGGAAUACUGUCUUGUGUUCUUGGGCUGGACACUGACAGGGAUUUUAAUAGCGUUUGCCAUAAGCGGCUGCCGACGGUGCCUGAAGAGGCGGCUGAGCCCGGAAAAGGGGGCGUACAGCAAAACUCAAACACGAGAGCGGUGUGAGGUCUGAUUAAGGCGGCGGUAGAUCGAGGGUAACUGGCUGUCAUUGAAAACCCUGCGCUUACCUUUAUUGACUGUGUAACUGUUUGUCUGUCUGUCUGUCUGUCUGUCAGUUUGUCUGUCCGUCUGUUUGUCUGUCUGCCUUAACGGCUGACUGCCUAGUUCUCUAACUGACCGACUUUCUGACUACCUGACGGUCAAUGAUUUCCUCUUUAUCUGAAUGUCUAUCUUUCUGACCAACUGAUUUUCGCCGUGUUUAUUUGAUUGACUUUCUGACUAUCUUAAUGUCUGUCUGUCUAAAUAUUGUGUGUCCGUCUGCUGUUAUUGUUAUCCUGAUACUGCUUUUUCACGGUCUUAAACUGCAGGGUUUCUUUUUUUUUUUUUUUCAGCUAUCAGAAACCAACGGAUUUUAAUCGCAAGAGGUUAAAUCUAUAUACACAAAAACCGCUAUAUCUUCACCUAACACUCAAUGUCCUUGACGACUGAUAUCAGACAAUAGAUAGCAUGCGAGUAAGCCCUUAUUAUUAUCCAACAGCACAAAGUAGAGUACAAAUAUCUUGCGAUAUUGUACGGUCAUUUGGACAGUUGGUUAUUUUGUACUGUAAAAAGACGCUUCUCUAUUCACUUUGCUUUUCCCGCCAUAUAAGAAAUGAGCAGAAAAACUUGGCAGAACAAAAAGCAGUUGAAUAAUAAAUAACUUAUUAGGCGUUUUGGUGUGUUGUAUCGCUGAGUAUCGUUACUCGUGGUUUGGGAUUUAACUCGCCCUACGGGCUCGAUAAAAUACGGCAUAACUCGUAAAAUACCAAGCGAUGCUAUACACCAAAUUACUCUGUGAUAUUAAACACCAAAACGUCUAAUCAAAUAUAUUUAUUGGCGCUUAAGCACAAGCAUUUUUUUGCCCGCGUGAAGUAUUGAAGCGUUGAGAAAAGCGAGCCAGGGAGGAGUCUGCAAGGGGUCUGGCACUCAUAAUACCUCGUACCAGACCUCUUGCCGACUUCUCGCCUUACUCUGGGCCUCAAACGGGUGACGAACGCUUGUGCCAAAGCCCUAACAAUGACGACCUGCUCGUAGGCAACACAAAGAUGAUUUAUUUCUUUCGCUAAAACACGAGCAAGGAGUCAAAGGAUGCAAUACCUUUCUAAUGAAUCAUACACAUAUACUAUUAAUAUUUUUAAGCGCAAUCCUGAUGCUAACCAAAACUAUCCAAGAGUUUUUACAAGGGGAAGGAAUCAAGCUAUUUUUUAUUACAAAGUGUGAGUAGGGUUUUUUUCCUUUCAUCUAUAACGCAUUUUCGCAGAGAAUUAUUUUCAAAGUGGCUGUGAGCUACUGAAGCAAAAAUUGAUAUUUGUUUCAAGUAUCUAUCGAUGGGGGAUUUAAAAUAUUCCUUGUAUUGGAAAUUGCUUACCAUUUGUAUUACGGUGCAUCAGUAUCAUAGUUAAUUACAACACUAAAAUAUAACUAGUUACCACGAUACAAAAAAUCAUUACUUGCCAGCGAAAUCUAAAGAAAUGUAUUAGUUUUAUAGUGUUCGCCAGGGCCGGGUUGUUCAAAGCUGGGUUAAGAUAAGCCAAGGUUAGUGUGACAUCUGAUUUCAGAUCUGAAAGCUUUAAAAGAAAUUCAGUUGAAUUUGAUGCUCUUCAAAGAACACAGAAAAUUAUCCCAAAAAGGCUUUUGUAUAAAGGAAUAAAGAAACCUAGAUUAAAAUUUAACCUUGAGCUAGAGCUUAUCGGCCUUCGAACAGCUGGGCCCAGAAGAAUUGAAUUUUCCCUUUUAUCAAACUCUGCGAGAUAAAAGGCAAACUUAGUUUGAAAACAGCGAAUUCCAUAAGGAUUAUGAAUUAUUAGAGAAGAGGGUUUAAUAUUCAUUUCUCCUUAGACCUAGAAUGUCAAAAUUAUAAUUAUAAGUUUCAUAAGAGACUGAUGUGGUGAGCAAGUGGAACAUAUUAUAAGCUAGAAAUUGACAAAACAAAUCCUUUGCUUCUCACAGGCUGGUAGCUCAAUGUGAAUUAGUUAUAUGAGAAAAAAUAUAUAUAGCGCAAGUUCUUCAUUCGACUGUAACUGGUAGCUAAUAUCAUAACAGUCGAAAGAACAUUUUGUUUAAUUUUAAGACCAUGGUGCUACUCUGUUUUUUAGCGAAAGAAGAAUUUUUGCCACUUUUCACAUCAAAAAAAAAUUAAUCAGGUAAUGUACGCCUCUUUAGUUUAGGAAGAAACGUCUUGUUCGACAUUGGAAAAGGAAAUGUUUUAAUUCAGUUCUUCCUUAUCUUUUUAGCAUUUUAGGGGCAAUUUAUUUGGUAGUGAAUGUCAGAGAAAAACGGUAAAAAUCACUUAUAUUUCCUUAUUAUCUUAAACGUAACUUAGAUUUAGAAACUAUUUAGUAGAUCGAUUUAUUUUAAAAAUUGCAGUUGAAAUCUAUAAUUGUAGAUGUCGAUGUAUUUAGUUAGGAAAUUUUAUUUGUUGGAAGAGCUCGUUUCAUCGUAGAUCAUAAUUAGGGCUUUUAUCGUUAUUUUUAGAGAAAUUUUCAAUAGAGAGUCGAAAGUAAUCCAAGAUUGCAUCGGUUUAACUCUACUUCGUUCUGUGAUUGGUCCAGAAAGCUCGUGUCACUUUCUCAACCAAUUAGAUGUAAAAGUAACACCAAUCAUGACUUGGUCGCCCGCGUUUUCCCGCGCUUUAGGCAGUUUGGUUGUUUUUACCUCGAGUUCGCAUCUGCUUGUAAAGAUCUUUUUUUUUCCUCUGAUUGAUUGUUGUGAUUCCUUUUGUUUUGCUUUAACGACACGCAAUCAAAAAGCACUCGAUUGAAAAAUAAAGGUUAGAAAGUGAGAAUUACUCCUAGACUGGUC